CUCAUAUAUGCUUCUAUCCACCUACUCCUCCAUUCUGCACAAUUCUCUUCUCUUUGCUACCUGCAAAUCCACACCAAAAUCAAAAUGGCAGCCUCAGCUUCAUCCAUGAUAUCAACUUCUGCAGCCUUAUCUGCCACCAUCCAAAAGCACCAUCUUGUGAAGCCCUCAAACGUGUGCUUUCAGGGUCUGAGACCUCUCACAAGGUCCACAGCCUCAGCCAGAGUGAGCACAUUCAAAAGGGUCCCUCGUGGUAAUGGUGUUGUGAAGGCUGAACUCAACUCGGCCCUUGUGAUAAGCCUCAGCACUGGCCUCUCCCUCUUCUUGGGGAGAUUUGUGUUCUUCAACUUCCAAAGGGAGAACGUGGCAAAGCAAGUGCCUGAGCAGAACGGGCUCACACACUUCGAGGCUGGUGACACACGUGCCAAGGAGUAUGUCAGUCUCCUCAAAUCCAAUGACCCUGUUGGAUUCAACAUAGUUGAUGUCUUGGCUUGGGGUUCCAUUGGUCAUGUUGUUGCUUACUACAUCUUGGCCACCACUAGCAAUGGCUAUAACCCUGCAUUCUUUUAAGUCAUCACCAUCAUCUUCCAAACUGCUUGUUCCCUUUUCUCUUUAUCAUUUUUCUUUGUACUUGUAUUGUACUGUCAUCAUGUAUAGGUUCUCUCUAAGAUGCACACAAGUUCAGCAUAUUCUAAUUUGGUCACUCUUUUCGGCUGCAAUUUGGUUUACUAUGAUUAAUGAAAAAUGGGACUUCUUUAUA